AUGAACAAGUAUUUUGGAGGGAGAAAGGUAACAUACGCUGACCUGGAGAAGAAGAUGUUGGCAAUGAAAUCAAAGCCAUCUGAGGAUCGUAAGAAGAUGGCCGUUCUGUUCUUCUUAGCCAGCAUCCUUGUCGGAGGCCGAAAGAGUGGUGAGGGAGCAUCACCUGUGACAGUUUUCCUGCGUGUUGUUGAUGACCUAGAUGCGUGUGUAACGUUCCUUUGGGGGCGGUAUGCAUUCGAACAUAACUUGAAGGAUGUCUCUAGCUUUUUGGAGAAAUGCGACGGGGUUGCGGCGACGAGUUGGGUUUUUACAAGCUUUCCUAUCCCUCUGGAGUUGUUGGCCUUUGAGGCAAUUCCAAGCUUGAGGAACCAUUUCCGAGAAGAUGUGUAUGGUGCAAGCAGUGGUUGCCCGCGGAUGUGCAAGAUGCAGUACAAACGGAAAAGUGGAACCAAGGAAUUCAGUCUGAAAGCUGUGAACGAUAAACUUGGUAAUAAUACAAAGGAUAUUGAGAGUAUCUUGGUAGCAACAGCAGCUGAGGAGGAACUUCUGGAAACCAUAAGAAUGGACAAGGAGAGUUGUUGGGCCGAUGACGCCGAUGAUGCAGCAGUUGAUCGUUGGACGAAGAUAAUACGGAAAGGGAAGAAACAAGUUUUCUUUGAAGAACAGUUCCGCAUGGAUUUUGAGUCUCGCACAGAUUCGGUGGAGGCUACUGGAGCUACUCCUGGAGCUGAGGCUUUAAAAGCGAUGGAAGGUCGGCUUAUGAAUGCAGUCCGAGAUGCAGUUCGAGAUGCUAUGAAGGGAGUGAAGGAAAAAGUCACUUCAUUGUCUACGCAGCUAGGUCUUCUAGAAGAGGAGGUGAAAAGUCUUAGGUGGAGUGUUCCCGGAAGUGACAAUCCGGCGGUCCAAGAUGAUGGUGAUGGUAGUGACAAUAGCGAGUCGGAAGAAGAGGAUGGUGAUGUGGGUGGGGAUAAGGAGUCGGAGGAAGAGGAUGGUGGUGACAAUAAUGAGCCAGACGAAGAGGAUGGUAGUGACAAUGAUGUUGAAGAUGCCAUUCUCGAUAUUUCAAAGGAUGUGCAGAGGGAAUAUGGUGAUGUUGACAUGGAUGAUGAUGAUGCGGAGAUGUCGAGAAAAGAUGAUGGCAAAGAAGCAGUUCCUGUGAAAAAGGUUAAGGUGGACCGUGGUGAUAAUGUGAGGAGUCCCAUUCAGCUAAGAAGCAGGGCAGCAGAGAAGAGGACCAGAGGUGCAAAGAAGCAGAAGGCAGCUGCUGAGAAGAAGGCAGCUGCGGCAGCUAAGAAGAAGGCAGCUGCUGAGAAGGAGACAGCAGCUGAGAACGAGGCAGCAGCUGAAAAGGAGGCAGCUAAGAAGAAGGCAACAGCUAAGAAGAAGACACCAGCUAAGAAGAAGCAGAAGAAGCCGAAGACAAAGAAAGUACGUAAAAAGACCGAGUGA